AUGUCUGAUAUUGAUUCUUUUGCGUCUGCGUCUGAUGAUGGUUCCUCUAUUUGUAGUUUUUACUCUUUUGGUGACACUCUGGGUGACUUCCUUCAAAACCAGUUUUCUGCCAAGAACAACCGUCUGUUAAAUGUUUGUCAUAUUAAUGCUCAGAGUGUUCCCAGUCACUACAGCGACCUCUACGAAGCGUUUAAUAAUAGCAAUGUGCAUGCCGUCCUGAUAUCCGAAACCUGGCUCAAGCCUCAUCUCUUAUCUACCACCUACCCCUUAGCUGGAUAUGUGCUCAUCCGGAAUGACCGCAUUAACGGUAGAGGGGGGGGCGUGGCCAUUUAUCUCCGCGGUGAAUUAGCUUACAGAGUUAUUUCAUCAUCUCCCCAAAACUGUCCUGCGGAGUACUUGCUACUUGAGGUUUGUGUCCAGGGGGUGAAAAUCGUUAUUGGUGUAUUUUACUGUCCGCCCUCAGUCGACUAUUUCACUGAAUUCGAAUCAGUACUAGAAUCUCUGGGUUCAGAGUAUGCACAUCACGUAAUCAUGGGUGAUUUCAACACCAAUCUCCUUGUCCACAACUCCUUUCGUUCCUGUAGGCUUCGGCAUCUGAUCGAGUCAGCCUGUCUUCAUCUACUACCUCUCCAACCCACUCAUCACAACACUGUCGGUGAGGACUCAUGGCUCGAUCUGAUAGUCACGUCCAAUCCCUCACUAGUUUCUUCUCAUGGUCAACAUGAGGCUCCCGGAUUCUCUCACCAUGACCUGAUCUUCCUGUCCUAUAUCCUGAAACCACCCAGGGUGAGGCCUAGGGUUCUGUUCAGGCGUUGUUUUACACGGAUGGAUAGUGAAAAACUUAUAGAGGAUGCAUCGAGUAUUGAUUGGGGGCCUCUGAUGGAGGCUGCAGAUGUCGAUACCAUGGUCGCUGUUUUUAACAAAACUUUGACUGAGCUCUACGACCGCCAUGCUCCCGUGAAGAAAAUUAAAUUAAAACGGCCUCCCGCACCUUGGAUGACCAGACACAUACAGAUGGCAAUGCGGCGCAGAGACCGCGCGUUCCGAAAGCACAAAAAUGAUCGAACUGUCGAGAACUGGGCGGCCUAUAAAAACGCUCGAAAUAGGUGUAACCAGAUGGUACGUAAUGCUAAACGCCGACAUAUUCUAGAUAACAUCUCUUCUUCAUCUCCGGCCGAUAUCUGGAAAUUCCUCGGGACUCUAGGUAUCGGCAAAUCACAACACACUGACCUCCCAAAUUCUGUUGGUUUAAAUGACCUGAACCGACAUUUCUCCACUGUGUCCAAAUUGGAUCCUCUUGCUAAACAGCAAACUUUAUCUUUUAUUUCUGCUCUGAUGCGUUCGUCUUCUUUAGCUUCUUUCACAUUCACACCGGUGCAGCCUGAAGAGAUUCGAAAGAUCAUCCUCUCCAUUAAAUCCAGGGCGGUGGGUUGUGACGGUAUAUCGCGGUAUAUGGUCACAACCAUACUCGAUCAUCUCCUCCCAACCAUAACUCACAUGGUUAACUAUUCCCUGUACUCCAAAGUCUUCCCAUCCUUGUGGCGUAAAGCCUAUGUCCGUCCUCUUCCUAAGAUAACCAAUCCUACUCUUCCCACACACUUCCGUCCUAUAUCAAUUCUUCCCUUCCUGUCAAAGGUGCUCGAGGCCUGUGUCCAUAAGCAACUUGCUGACUACAUAUACAGUAACUCGCUUAUAAGUCCAUUGCAAUCCGGAUUCAGGCCCGGGCACAGUACUGUAACCGCUCUCCUUAAAGUGAUUGGCGAUGUGAAGGCAGGGAUGGAGGACACCAGGAUCACAGUAUUGGUUUUGGUGGACUUUUCGAAUGCCUUCAACAUGGUCAAUCACGACAUUUUGCUAGCUAUCCUAUCCCAUCUUUCGGUCUCUGAUGGUGCACUGGAUUGGUUUUCAUCUUAUCUUCAGGAACGUCAGCAAUUGGUCCAGUGUGCGUACCAUCUGUAUGCCGACGACCUGCAAUUGUACUGUCAAGUCAAGAUUGAGGACUUACCUGAUGCAGUUGCGAAGGUGAACGCGGACUUGACUGCCAUAUCUAACUGGUCUGGGAAAUUUGGCAUUAAUGUCAACCCGAGCAAGUGUCAGGCGAUAAUAGGAGUAGGCAACAUCCUUACUAUCCUACUAAUAUUAUAA